CAGCGAUAUAAUAAUAACAGAAUAAUUUUCCUAAGAAUAUACAAUCAUCUCUAUCGUUAUUUAACAAGGUUUAGUAUCUUUGUAUAAUGGCCGAUGAACUAGAAAAAGUUCACCUACAUUACGAUGAUAUUAAUAAAAUCAGAGUUAUUGAUAGUACAGUUCUUAAAGAAACCGAAGAUUUGAAGAAUUCAUGCAAGGAUUAUGAUACAAAAGUACAAGACUUCGGGAAUAUAAUUACUUCUUUACUAAAUAUGUUGAAGGAGCUUGGUGAUAAUGUUGAGAGGCAAAAAAUGGCUGCAAUAGGAGCUACUAAUCUUCUUAAAUCUAUUGCAAAAGAUAGAGAAAGUGAGCAAGCAAAACUACAAUCAGAAAUAAAUGAUAAAUCUAUGAUUUUGGAACAGCUGGACUCCGAAUAUGAUGCCCUUCAAAUCUUAGAAGCUACUCAGACAGAAACAAUUGAAUAUCUGACACAACUUAGAUAAAUCUGCACCUGCAUCUGACACAACUUUGGAAUAUUUAGUUUUAACACAUAAAUCACUUACAUUUUGUUGUUGAAUAAGUAAUACAAAUUUUUGGUCUGUAAAAAUGUAUUUUUUAUUUUUUUAAUUGAUUCACACA